ACUUUUGCAAAAAUUUCGCGUCAAACUAAGAAAAAAUCGCUUUAAAACACGAUAAACUUGCAAACGAGCAUCAAUAGUGACUGACAAACAUUCAAUUUUCCCGAAAUCUAUGAAAAACAGUGAAAAAUACAGCAAGAAAAAAAUUUGCUUGUGUCUACAAAUGUUUCAAAAAAAAUAUCCAACAACAGAACCAACCACAAAAUUAUCAAAAUAAAAACUGAAUUACGUCAAAAAGAUGUAAAAAUGUUCUAAAAUUCAUGAAAAACAAAGAAUUUAAUUGAAAAAAAAGUCGAAAAAAUGGGAAACGAAACAAACUUUGAUUCGGAAGCCUUCGAAAAAAGACUCAAAAACUUGAAAGACACGCAAGAUGCCAUCCAGGGAUGUUCGGCGUGGUGUUUAAUCAAUCACGUUCAUCAUAAAAAAAUUGUCACAGCAUGGCUGCAGGUCUUGAAGCAAGUCAAAGUCGAGCAUCGUUUGGUGUUAUUUUACCUCGCGAACGACGUCAUUCAGCACAGCAAGCGGAAAAAUUACGAUUUUGUCGAGAGUUGGGGCACCGCAUUGCAACGGGCGACGACGAUGGUGCGUGAUGACAAAGUAAAGCACAAAAUUUUGCGAAUUUUUAAGAUUUGGGGCGAUCGUUCCGUGUACAGCGACGAUUUUUUGGCGGAUUUAAACGGGUUGCUGAGUGCUUCUCUGCCAAAACCCAAACCGAAAGAUGCCGAUCCGGAUGAUUUUCAAAUCCAAGCUGUCGUGACGAGCAUUCGGCAAUGCGGAAAGUUGCAAAAUGAGACAGAUCGAAGUCUGAAAUCGGUGAAUAAGCUCGCGACGCCCAAACUUCCGCCAACUUUCAAAGAUCGUUCGCAUUGUAAGGAAGUUGUGAAGCAAAUUGACGAGGAUGUGAGGAAACAUGAGAAGUAUGUGCACAAUUUGAAGGCGGAAAUUAGGGCCAGAACGGUGCUUGUCGAAGUUUUGAAGCAAGCCGAUGAAUUUUAUCAAACGCAACGUGGCGAAGUCAAAGUUGUCGCUAAUGCUUACAAGAAUUUCGGGAAUCGCAUCAAAAGUUUGAAGAAAAAAUUGGAUGAAUUGACGUCACAACUGCCAUCGCCGAUUCCGUCGCCGCCUGCAAAUGCCCCCUCGCCCGGGCCUGAUGCCGAUUUCGAGUUGCCCAAUCAAUUUAUGGGAUUUUCCGCAAACGGAUUCGUUUCGUCGUACAUGGAAGGCGGCACUUUACCCUUCGAUCCGAUGGAUUUCAACCGAAAAUCCCCCCAACCGCAUGUCAAUUCGAUCCAAGUCAUCAAUUCAAACGCCGCCGCUCCCGACACUUUGAACCCAAACAACAACUUGAACGACUUUUUCAAGACACUUUUGCCGCCUCCCGAUCAAUAUGACCCCGCAUCGAGUAUCAAUUUCAACGAUUACUCAAACACGAGUUUUGGCGGAGUGCCGCCUCCUGUGCCCGCAUAUGCGCCCAUCACAAUGAGCAAUUAUGGCAUGUCGACGGGAAGUGCUCCCGGAUUUGUGAGGAAUAAUUAUACGGGACAACCGGUGGUUCCGCCGCCUCCAUUGCCGCCCAUUGAUGGUCCAUCGCAGAAUUUUAACAAUUGGGAUCCGAAUUGGAAUUCGCAGGAACGUCAUGGAAAUCCUUUGUUGGAGACGCCUCAUUCGCCGCCGCAUUACGAGAGAAAAUCGGCAAAUACAGCAGCGCCUGUGGAGUAUAAUGACAUGGAAAAUUCGUUGGAACAGGCGGGAUCUGAUGUCGAUCAUCGAUCGUUGACGGAUAUUUUGCAAUCGCGCGUUGCCGAUAUCGAUCACAGAAAUUUGAUUUCGUUGACGGGAUCGCCGCGAGAUAAUCAGAAUAAAAAUAACAAGAAAGAUGGAGAUGUGGAUCUGCGACAAACGUUGCUGAAUUUGCAAAAUCCUCCUCCGCCUCCCAGUACGGACGAGACAAAAGACGGCGGAGAUGUUGAUUUUCGAUUGCCGCCUCCUCCGAUCUCAAAUCUCUUUCCAGCAGGCUUCAAUCCGCUCGAAUUACCUCCCGCUUUGGCACAAACCUCAAUUGGAGAUAUUGCGAAAUUAUUGGAGGGCACAAGUCAUGAUAAAAAUACGUCUUCUGAGCCACAAAGAAAGAAACAAAAAGGAGAGAAUGGAGAUGAUCAUUUCGGAUCUGAGGAUAUGGAAAUGUCUGAUGAAGAUGAAUAUCAACCGGGAUAUAAACAGGACUCCAACAAUGGCAACGUUCCCCCUGGCUUCGACACAGACCAUUUCAACGAUGGCAACAAUGGAGGUUCCGAAGGCGACGAAAAUACCGAUGAUCUCAAUAACGACGAUCAGCAAUGGAAUCAAGGCAAUGGAAACGGAAACUACAGUCUCAUUGGACAACGUUUGAUGCAACUGGCAAACCAAGAUUCGAAUGCCCCGCCAUCGCCUUCUUCCAAUUUCAUCAGACCCUUGAUGCAAAUGAACACGUCUCGUCCUCCGCCGCCGCCGCAAUAUUUCAACCAAAGUCCGCAAGGAGGCUCACCCGGAGGAGGAGGACAAGGAUUUCCCGGCGGAAGUCCCAUGUUUAGACCUCGAGGAAGAGGCGGAAAUCGCGGAUCUCCCUUUUUCAGAGGCGGUCCAAGUCCGAGAGGAUUUAACAAUUAUCGCGGAAAUAAUUUUAGGGGACAACAACGUGGGAGAUGGUAAAAAAAAUAUUUAAAAUAUUUAAAAAAUAAGGAAAAAUCUGUUUAUAGAAGAAGAAGAAAAAAAAUGAUUUUAAGAAAAAAAAAUAAGAAUGGUACAGCAACAAAAAUGUCUAAAAAAAACUAAAAUUGUAACCCAGUCAGUAAAGACAUUAAUUUAAAAUUAUUGUUAAAAUCUUAGUUUUAAGGAGUGUUCUUGUUACUUCCCCUUUCAUUUUAUUUUAUUUUCAUAUUUUAUUCUUAAAAAAAUAAUUUGGAUUGUUUUUUUAAUAACAAUCUUUUUUUCAUUUCUCACGCUUGAUUUUUUUCCUUUGCUUUUCAUUUUAUUUACAGAAAAAUUAAGAAGAUAUUUAAUUAAUUAAAGAAAAAAAAAACAAAAAAAAAUAAUUAAGCUUGAUAUAAAAUAAUAAAAUUAAUCUUGAUUUUUGGGAUAUUGUUCACUCUCUGUUUGAAGUUGCAGAAGAAGUUAUGUCCAGCUUCUUUCUUCAGAAUUUUUCUUGCGAGUCUAACAGACGAGACUUAUUCGU